AUGGCAGGGCUCUCCUUCGACCAAAUUAAAAGCGCCAAGAAGAACCUAAGGAAAGCUCCUCCACCAAAGGUUCCUUUAGGUUCUACCGCAAGUCAAAACGGCGAUUUCUCAUCUGAUGGAGGCAACGUAUCUGUAGCUGCGUUCCGAAAUAGAUUUGAACAAAAGCAAUCCCCAAAUGGACAAUUUGGCUCUCUCUCACGUCUGAGUGGCGAUGACAGAACCUCAGGAGAAAACAUUACGUCAUCAAGGGCUAAAUUUGAGAAAUUUGAGCAGAAGGCUGCAAAGAAACCUCCACCACCACGGAAGCCACCCAUCGGGGCCAAGUCGAGUGAAAUGUUACGAAGACUUGAUGAUAACAGCAAUGCUUUGAAAGGAGAACCAAUCCGUAAAGAAUUACCACUUUUCAAUAGAAUAGGAGCAGCACCUCACAAGAAACAUAAACCUGCAAACUUAAAAUUCAAACUUGACAAGUACAAGGACAAAAUUGUACAGUCAAACGGUACCAACCAUACUGACAGAGGGUGCAACGAAGGUAGGGCACUACUGAUGAGAAACAGAAAAAUAAAUCAGUUAACAUAUUUCGUACCCUAUGUAAUAUGUGGCUGCACAAGAAAGGCUAAGGUAAAAGCUCAGGGCCGAGUUGUUCAAAGCUGGGUUAAGAUAACGCAGGGUUAG